CGUUUCGGUCAGUGAGUGAGAUCAGUUCGACUUUAUAACAUCUAUCCGUCCUACUGUUAUUAAUAAUAUAAACGUAUCUUUUUCUAAAACUUGUUGGUCACUUUUACACGAAGCGGGGAAGGCAUGCAACCGCUGCUGCUGCUGCUGACGUCUCUAACGCUACUUGCGUACCCCUGCCUCGCAAGUCCCCACGGUUGCUUCUUCUUCUGUGGCAACGAGGGCGCGAGACCCGGACCGUACACGCGGCCCUCGAGUCACGACGGACUCGCCUCCUCUCGGAACGCGAGGAUGGAGGACCUGCAGAACCGCGGCUACGACCACGGUUACGGCUACGGUGCUAUGGACAACUACGGUCAGACCGCUCGUCGAGCCCAGCAUCAGCAGCUCCAGCCCGUACAGUCCGAGGUCGAGCACCGACCCCAGGAUCUCCACGGUGUGCUCUACUUCUCCCAGACGAGCAGUAGCAGCAAUAGCAACAGCAACACCGCGAGCCACGGCUACUUGCGAUUUCCAAUGUACGGGAGAGCCUCGCGCAACGAGUACAACGAGUACGUCGAUCACUUCGUGGCAUAAUUCUAUACACACGUAAUUAACGUAGUGGUAGGAGCUUCAAUUUCAUCAAAUAUUAAUUAAUAACGGCUACCCCGGAGCACCCAUCCAUCGACCUGAAACGCAGUGCCCCCAAGACUCGCAUGAACACUUAUCGCAUCAAGUACGACUGUUACUUUAUCCAUCUUUUCAAGCGUGUUCAUUAGACUUU